AUGCGUUUCACUCUCAGCUCCGUUCUCAUCGCCCUCGCCGUUACCUCGGCAGUCGCAUCUCCCGCUGACAGCGGAGAAAAGCGCAGCGCCGCUUCCAAGUUUGGUACUUGCAACGGCACCUCAUGCCGAGUUGGCUUCUACAACAAAGUGUGCGGCUCAGGCUCAUGCGCCGGACCCCAGGGUGGUGACGGAAAGCCCUGCUCCAUCGUUGACUAUCCCAAUGGCUCCAACAAGGCUUUCUGCCCUGGCUGCGGAGACUCGAGCCUGUGCCCCGACCACUAG